GUGCCUGUUUGCUUGGUGCCGCUUUCCUGAUAAGUCACAACAAAGCUUCCAGAGGGAGAGGAAGGAUGGAAAGCACCGCAGCCCCCCUCACCAAAUCUGCAGCUGCCAAGUUAGUUAAGAAAAAUUUCCUUGAAGCUCUAAAGUCAAAUGACUUCGGAAAAUUGAAGGCCAUUUUAAUCCAAAGGCAAAUAGAUGUGGACACAGUUUUUGAAGUUGAAGAUGAGAAUAUGGUUUUGGCAUCUUAUAAACAAGGUUAUUGGUUGCCUAGUUAUAAAUUGAAGUCUUCUUGGGCAACCGGCCUGCACCUCUCAGUCUUAUUUGGUCAUGUGGAGUGUCUCCUGGUGCUGCUGGACCACAAUGCUACGAUCAACUGUAGACCCAAUGGGAAAACCCCUCUUCACGUGGCUUGUGAAAUGGCCAACUUGGAUUGUGUUAAAAUCCUCUGUGAUCACGGAGCAAAGCUGAACAGCUACUCCUUAAGUGGACACACUGCCUUACAUUUCUGUACAACUCCAAGCUCCAUUCUCUGUGCCAAGCAAUUGGUUUGGAGAGGGGCAAAUGUGAACUUGAAGACCAACAACCAGGAUGAGGAGACGCCCCUCCACACAGCUGCCCACUUUGGUCUCUCGGAGCUGGUGGCCUUCUACGUGGAGCACGGAGCCAUCGUGGACAGUGUGAAUGCCCACAUGGAGACUCCGCUCGCCAUCGCCAGCUACUGGUCCCUUCGCUUUCAAGAGCAGGAGUAUAGCAGGGAGCAUCACCUCAUCUGCCGCAUCCUGCUCGACUACAAGGCCGAAGUCAAUGCCCGGGAUGACGACUUUAAAUCUCCGCUCCAUAAGGCCGCCUGGAACUGCGACCACGUGCUCAUGCACAUGAUGCUGGAGGCAGGUGCAGAAGCCAACCUCAUGGAUAUCAACGGCUGUGCCGCCAUCCAGUAUGUGUUGAAGGUCACCUCCGUGCGCCCGGCCGCCCAGCCUGAGAUCUGCUACCAGCUGCUGCUGAACCAUGGAGCUGCUCGAAUAUACCCUCCGCAGUUCCAUAAGGUGAUAGAAGCUUGCCAUUCUUAUCCCAAAGCAAUUGAAGUUGUAGUCAAUGCCUAUGAACACAUCAGAUGGAACAUAAAGUGGAGAAGAGCUAUUCCUGAUGAUGACUUGGAGAGACACUGGGAUUUUUACCACUCUCUCUUCACUGUGUGCAGUAACUCUCCAAGGACUCUCAUGCAUUUAUCGCGAUGUGCCAUUCGAAGAACGUUGCACAACAGAUGUCACAGAGUAAUUCCUUUGCUUUCCCUCCCAUUGUCAUUGAAAAAGUACUUGCUUUUAGAGCCUGAGGGAAUCAUUUAUUAA